ACUUGGUCCUUUAUAAGUGCCCCAUCGAUCGAUCGCCGCCGUAGAGCUAGCCGGCCGGGAACUCGGCAGUUGCACUGGUAGCAGCAGCUAGCAAUGGCUCACGUUGCCGGUGACAUCGCCGUUCUGGUGCUCUUUCUCUCGUUGUCGUGCCAAAGCACGGUGUCGGCCGGUGCCGCCGUGCUUGGCCGUAAGGCAGGAGGGUCAUCUCCGGCGACGACGCACGAGGGUACGAAUCCAGCCGGGACGGGCACUGGCACGGCACAGUACGCGGUCAUUUUCGACGGCGGCAGCACGGGGAGCCGCGUGCACGUCUUCAAGUUCGACAAGCAGUUGGACCUCGUCAAGAUCGGCGACGAUAUCCAGUUCUUCGCGCAGGUAAAGCCGGGGCUCAGCGAGUACGCUGGCGAACCCCAAGAGGCUGCCAGGUCCAUCGCCCCCCUCCUGGAGAAAGCUCAAGGCGCCGUCCCUGCGUCGCUGCAGAGCACAACUCCCCUUAAACUCGGCGCCACUGCCGGGCUACGGCUGAUUGGAGAUGAGAAAUCGGAAGAGAUUCUUGAAGCGAUCCGUGAUCUUGUGAAGAGCAAGAGCGAAUUCGAAUACAACCCAAACUGGAUCACUGUGCUUGAGGGGUCUCAGGAGGGAUCUUACCUAUGGGUCGCCCUGAACUACCUGCUGGGCAAGCUAGGUGGGGACUACUCAGACACGGUAGGCGUGGUGGACCUCGGAGGUGGGUCGGUGCAGAUGGCCUAUGCCAUCUCUGACGACGCGUCCGCGAACGCUCCUGCGGUGCCGGAGGGACAGGACCCUUACGUUACCAAGGAACACCUCAAAGGGAAACACUACAAUCUCUACGUGCACAGCUACUUGCACUACGGGCUUCUAGCCGCUCGCGCAGAGAUUCUGAAGGCGAACAACGGGCCAUUCAGUCCCUGCAUUCUGCGUGGGUUCAGUGGUACGUACACCUACAACGGCGAGGAAUACGAGGCGGCGGCGGCACCAGAAGGCGCGUCCUACGAAAAGUGCAGGGACGGCGCGGUGGCGGCGCUGAACCUGGGCGCGCGCUGCGAGGCGAAAAACUGCACCUUCAACGGCGUGUGGAACGGCGGCGGCGGCGCCGGCCAGGCCGACCUCUACGUGGCGUCCUACUUCUACGACAGGGCCUCGCAGGUCGGGAUCAUCGGCGGCGACGCGCCCAACGGGAGGAGCACCCCGGCCGCGUUCGCCGACGCCGCGCUCAAGGUCUGCUCGCUGAGCGUUGCCGAUGCCGAGGCCGCGUUCCCCGAUGCCUGGGACGCCGAGUACCUCUGCAUGGACCUUGUGUACGAGUACACGCUGCUCGUCGACGGCUUCGGUUUGGAGCCGACCAAGGAGUUCACGCUGGUGACAAAGGUGAAGUACGGAGAAUACUACGUCGACGCAGCAUGGCCGCUAGGCGAUGCGAUAGAAACCUUGUCGUCCCAGAAGCUGAACCAAAUCGCGUGACCAGUAAUAAUAAUGCUUAAUGGAGUGGUAAAAAGACGACGUGCUACAGUUGAUGUAAUGGCGUAAUAAAUGGAUGUAUAUAUCUAUGUCCCUUGGCUACGCCUGCUAAUAUAUAUCAGAGAGGAAGAUCGAUGAGAGGAGGAAAUUGUAAGUUCUGCAAUAAUUAGCAUGUUCACGUGAAAAAAAACCUUCUAUGGGUACCAACAAAUGACGAUCAUCAUUGUAUGAAUAUAAAUCACGUGGAAUACAAUGAGUUAUCUUGCUCUUUUAA